AAAAAAUAACAUCUUUUACUGGUCAGCGGUGAUACCUAAAGGAAACAAAAGAAAAGGAAAAUGUCGUGGAAAGAAAUCUUUCCCAGAGAAAAUAGAUAACCCCAGGCAAGAAAUCAAGGAUUUGAUACGCUGGAAGAAUAAUAUGGCAGUGACAUUCAGUGCUUUUACUGUAGUCAGCCGGAAAAGCAAGCUAUUUAUCGCUAUAAUUCUCGUAGUCUUACUUGUUGUUUGCUGGGCAUUCUCAAGAAAUAGAACAAGCAAUGACGAGCCAAGAAUUUCCAAAAGUCUUGUAGAAGAAAUAAAAAGAGAAAUGCAAAAAUAUAAUGUAGAGAUGUUCCAUGAAGCAUUAAAACCAAUAAACAUUAGAUUGACUGACUUAGAAAAAAGGGAUAAAAGAGACAAAAAAUAUUUACCUGUAAAAUAUUUAGCAGAGAAGGAUAGAAAAAGAGUCUUAAUUUCUGGUGGUGCGGGUUUUGUAGGGUCCCAUUUAGCAGAUUCACUCAUGAUGCAAGGGCACGAGGUUACUGUGGUUGAUAAUUUUUUUACUGGAAGAAAGCGAAAUAUUGAGCACUGGAUUGGCCAUGAAAACUUUGAACUCAUUAAUCAUGAUGUGGUUGAACCAUUGCUAAUAGAAGUUGAUCAGAUUUAUCAUCUGGCAUCACCGGCAUCACCUCCAAACUACAUGUACAACCCAAUAAAGACAAUAAAGACCAAUACAAUAGGGACAUUGAACAUGCUUGGCCUGGCAAAGCGGGUCCAUGCAAGGCUGCUUCUUGCCUCUACCUCAGAAGUGUAUGGAGACCCAGAGGAACACCCGCAAGGAGAAGAUUACUGGGGCCAUGUGAACCCCAUCGGCCCAAGAGCAUGUUAUGACGAGGGCAAGCGUGUAGCAGAGACCAUGUGUUAUGCCUAUGCUAAACAGGAGCAAGUGGAAGUUCGGGUCGCCAGAAUCUUUAACACUUUUGGGCCCCGCAUGCAUAUGAAUGACGGUCGGGUGGUCAGUAACUUCAUUCUGCAAGCUCUAGAGGGAAAGCCAUUGACUGUUUAUGGUUCAGGGUCUCAGACGAGGUCUUUCCAGUAUGUCAGCGACUUGGUGAAUGGUCUCAUCUUGCUCAUGAACAGCAACUACUCCAAGCCAGUCAAUGUGGGUAACCCCGAUGAGCACUCAAUCAUGGAAUUUGCAAGGAUUAUUAACAAAGCCGUUGGUGGUAAUAACCCAAUCAUCAAUGUGGCUCAGAUGGAAGAUGACCCAAAACGACGAAAACCAGACAUCACUCGUGCCAGGAGACUUCUUAACUGGAAACCACUAGUUCCCUUGGAUGUGGGCAUCAAUAAGACCAUUCAGUACUUCCGGCGGGAGCUCAAGCGGGCCCGGAAGUCCAAAUUAAUCGAUCUAUGACUUCCGGUACAACCGGACAUUGACUUCCUGUAUCCCUUGCUCUACUGUCUGGGCCUGCAAUCAGUUCCACUUCUGGUACAACUGACUUCUGGUAACAAAAUAAUGUGGCAUUGACUUCCGGUAUACCGGGCUCUACUGUCUGGACAGUAGAGCAACUGACUUCCGGUCUCCGGAUAAUAUUGCAUUCACUUCGGGUAUACCGGGCUCUUCUACUGGUGGACCUGCAAACAAUUCAACUUCCGGUGCAAGUAAAAGCUCUUACGUCGGUUCAAGUAGCUACGUCAAUAGCAACCAACCAAUAGAGAACUAGAUUUUCAAGUUUCUGGCUGCGUAUUGUCUGACUUCUAAUGACAAUCUCUGACUUUGGUUUACAGGUUCCAUUUUCCUCGGGUGGGGGAAUCUUUUUUUGCCAACAGAUAUCCCUUAGGGUGUGUUCAACGAUUCUUCCGAUUCUGUGAUCCUUUAGUGGGUUUCACGUUAUAGGAUCAUCAUAUUCAACAACAACUGGACUCAAAAGUCGUCCCAAUAUAGAUGUGCUCGAUGACAGUGUCAAGGAAAACAACAACAUUUUCAAAAACUGAAAAUGUGUUUCUAGUGCUAUCCCUUGGUUCGAAAAAGCUCCGACCACACCCGAUGUGUUAUCUUUUAGGAGUAAGAAUUGCUGUUGACCGCACUCGAAGUGCUAUCCCUUAGGGUUAAAAUUAAUUUAGCUGACGAUCACUCCUGUCUUCCCCUGGGACAUUUUCGAUCGCCCAAGGAACCAAAAUAUUUUACCAUAAAUAUUUGAAUUAAUUUUUAAAAUCUCAUUGAUUUUUAGACAUCUUAUAUCAUAGAAUAUAUAUUUAUUAAUAAAUGUGUAACAAAGUU